CUUCUUCUCAGAUAAUGCAGGAUGUUAUAAGAACACAAUGAUGAUGGUAGCACUUAAAGAUGAACUAGGAGAUAAGUUGAAAACAUACAAUUUCAGUGAAGCACAGGAUGGCAAAGGUCCAUGUGACCGCAGAGCUUCACAUAUCAAGGCAUGUGUUAGAAGAUACAUUAAUGAGGGACAUGAUGUCACAUCUGCAGAGGAGAUGAAAAAGGCUAUAGAUGUUAAACAGAAAGGAUCAUUUAGGGUUAGAGUUGUUGACAUUGUUACUAAUUUGGAUGCAGAGAAGUCACAGAUUAAACCAAUUACUGGAAUUACUCAAUUGCAUAAUUUUUCAUUUGAUGUCAAUGGAAUAACAGUUUGGAAGGCAUAUGGAAUAGGAGAAGGAAAGCGGAUAGCAUGGGAAAACAUCGGAACCACAGAGCAAAGAACCAAUCUGUUGGUUAAAGUUGAUUGGACAAUUACAGCUCCUCAGUUGUUGGAAGUAGAAGUUAUGGCACAAGAAGAAGAACUUGUAGAACCAAACCCCAAAAAACAAAAGAAGAACUCCAUCAAUCAGCCAUAUGAUUGCCCAAAAGAUGGCUGCACAAGAGCUUUCAAAACUCAAAGUGCACUGGAGCAACACAUCAUUGUUGGUAAUUGUGAUUAUCACAAUGAAAAAACAACUCAAGAUAAAGCCAAGUCAAUGUAUGGACAAAAAGUUAAUUCUUUGUUUCACGGAACAAGGGUUCAACUGGAUUGUAACUUUAAUGACUGCCGUACAUCAGAAUCAGUAAAGGGAUGGGCACUGAAAGGUAAAAAGAAAAGAACAGUUUUUACUCAAUCUCAAGUGAAUUACAUGAAGGAGAAGUUUGAUAUUGGGAAGGUAUCAGGAAGAAAAGUCGAUCCCUUUCAAGCAGCUGAUGAGAUGAGACAGCUGCAAGAAGAGGGGAAAUAUGUUUUUUCAAGGAAGGAAUAUUUAACUGGGCAGCAGAUUACAGCAUAUUUUUCAAGGUUGGCACUCAAAGACAGAAAGACCGACCUUGAUGAUUUCAGAUCUGCCGAAGAGGAAAAUAAUAAAAGAUGCCUUAAACAGGAGAUUUUGGACAGUGUUUCUUUAUAACUUUGAUUAAACAGUGUCUUCCAUAAAUUGAGCUCAAUCAUCUAGUAUCACAAUUUUUUGAAUAAUAUAUUUAUAGAUAAUUCAGUUUUAAUAUAUGUGUACUUUUA